AUGGUUGAAAAAUAUGGAAAAUCUCGCUUAGGUCGUACAUUCAGAAAACGGUUGAAUCGGCAAAACAGACUCGAUAUGCCUUCAGUAAUUAAAGAUGUAGAAUGGAUAAUUUUCCGAGAUUGGUUAAAGCAAAAGGGAUUUUCAAAGACAAAAUUGACUUUGGCUGAAUUUAAUGAUACUGGGAGAGGCAUGAUGGCGACCAAGGACAUUGUUGUUGGAGAAAUACUAAUUUCUGUUCCUUUGAGAUUACUUAUUACACCUAAAUCCUUAUCUAACACAAUGCAAAAACGGCGCAAAAAUACUAAAAGUUCCGUUUACCAUUAUAUCCAAAUGUUACCAAAGAAUUUUGACACAAUGCCAAUAUGUUUUGAAUUAGAAUUGUUAGAAUUUUUGCCCAAUAACGUGAAAGAGGACGUUAAAUCUCAAAAAUUAAAGUUUGAAGAGGAUUUUAGAUCUGUUUGUAGAUUUUUAAAAAAACAAUUAAACUUUAAUAUCAAUAUUACAUAUAAUGAAUUUUUAUGGAGUUGGCUUUGUGUAAAUACUAGGUGUAUUUAUUUUGAACCUUUUAAAUCUAUAAACUGUGAUGUUAGAGAAAAUAUCGCUAUUGCUCCAAUGUUAGAUUUUCUAAAUCAUAAUUUUAAUGCAAAGACAAAAGGUGAAUUUAACAAAGUGACUCAAUGUUAUGAGAUUACAACUUUCACACCUUGGAAAAAGGGACAACAAGUAUUCAUAAACUAUGGUCCGCAUGAUAAUUUUAAAUUAUUACUUGACUACGGAUUCACUAUUCCAAAUAAUCCCUUUAAUUACAUUUUACUUGAUGAUGAAUUUUUUAAAUUUAAUAUUAAAGAAGAAGCUGAAAAUAUUGUAUCUAAAAAAUCAAGUUUAUUGAUGAAAAAUGGAUUUUAUGGGGAUUACGUUUUACAUACAUCUCAGAUCUCAUUUCGUCUCCUGACGGCCUUGCGACUUCGUUUUCUUCGCCCGCUUAAUAACAUAUCGUCACAAGAAACACAGCAUCUAAUAACAAAAUGGCAGAAUACCAUAUCUGGAAAGUAUGAAAUUUUAAGUUAUGAAAAUGAAAUUGAAGUUUAUGAAUGGAUCGAUUCAGUCUGUAAAGAAUUGAUAAGGAAAUGUGAUUUUAUGCUGGAAAAGGUGAAUAGCAUACCAUCUAGUUCUCUGGAAAAUCUUAAACUUCUUUGGAAUGAAUCAAAAAACAUAUUGACUUCCAUAAUCAUUCUCAUACAAGAUUCAAAAAAUAUGUAA